AUAAGCAUGGUACAUAAUCUCCAAACCCUAAACUUUACAACACUCCUCUGCUGAACCGAAUCCCUAGCUCUACCGGCAGCAGCUGUUCCUCAUAUUUUCAGAUUGCACUAGAACAAGAUGGUGAGAGUAAGUGUGCUUAAUGAUGCUCUGAAAAGCAUGUACAAUGCUGAAAAGAGAGGAAAGCGUCAGGUCAUGAUCAGGCCUUCGUCGAAAGUCAUUAUUAAGUUUCUUAUUGUCAUGCAAAAACAUGGAUAUAUCGGAGAGUUUGAGUAUGUUGAUGACCACAGAUCUGGAAAGAUUGUGGUUGAACUGAACGGUAGGUUGAACAAAUGUGGUGUUAUCAGCCCCCGCUUUGAUGUCGGUGUCAAGGAAAUUGAGCCCUGGACUGCAAGGCUGCUCCCAUCGAGACAGUUCGGCUACAUUGUGCUGACAACAUCUGCUGGAAUCAUGGAUCAUGAAGAAGCUCGUAGAAAGAACGUUGGAGGCAAAGUUCUCGGUUUCUUUUACUGAACAUGAUUUUGGAUAUGAGUACUGAAUGUACUGCUUUUAUAUCUCAAUUAGAGUUUGAAUGAUCAUGUUGCAUCAUGGGGUUUCUCAUGUAGCAGUGUUUUUGUUAAUUUUAAUUUUGAUUAUUACUAUCUGAUGUUAUGGGAUUGUGCUUUUUCUGAAAUUGCAAUAGAUCUUUGAAUUUUGUCAAAAACUGUAGUAUGAAAUACGUUUUGAACACUGUUGUUUA